AGAUCCAGCUAAAGAUCCAUGCUUAAAGAUGAAAUGUAGUCGUCAUAAAGUGUGCAUUGCUCAAGAUCCUCAGACGGCAGUCUGCGUUAGUCAUCGGAGGCUUACACACAGUGUGAAGGAGUCAGGAACAGGCCAUAAGCAAUGGAGGGGUCGCCUGUCAUCCACCUGCAAGCAGUGCCCAGCGGUCUAUGCCAGGCCCGUCUGUGGUUCAGAUGGUCACACCUACUCUUCUCAGUGCAAACUGGAAUAUCAGGCAUGUGCCUUAGGAAAACAGAUUUCAGUCCAAUGUGAAGGACAUUGCCCGUGUUCUUCAGAUAAGUCAACCAGUGGGAGCAGAAAUGUUACGAGACUCUUUGGCGAGGGCAGGGUUUGAACCCAUCACCUCUGGUAUAUGGGGCCGACGCCCUACUCCUUUGAGCUACAGGCGCCGCCCACUGUUACUGAUCUCUUUACAACAAAUGAGAUUACUUUUGCUUACUCACAGGGCACCAUUUACCUACUAAUAAAGAGUCACUUUUUGAAAACAAGUUUUUGACAAAAUAAA